UGAAAAAUGUGGUCUUGAUCUUUGACUCUUUACCCCGCUAAUAAAUUUAGUAAAGUGUAUGUAUGUAUGUACUACGACUUAAUAUUUAUUUAUUGAACCAAGGACAUUGUUGUACCUACAAAUAUCAUUAAUACCUUUAUUUAAUAGUAAGCUUAUUAGCCAUGAGAAAUGUGUAACUAAUAGAAGUUUAUUUAAAUGACAAGUAUGUUUUGUAAUACCGCGCGAUUAGCCCACUUCGGAUUAGGGCGUACUUGUCGUUUCGUUUACAAAUCUGCAGUUAAAGAACCAGCACCAAUUAAAUGUGUAAGCAGUCAAAUAGCAUAUUUAGAAUCGGAACUCGAGAAAAGUUCAUUUAACUGGAAUGAAUUAAAAAAGAACAUACUCUUUGAAAGAGGAAACAUUAAUGAGAAAAAUUUUGAAGGAGUUCUCCUGAAGUUUAUGGUACAAAGAAAAAAGUUUGAUGCUGCAAACUCUUUUGUUUGUUAUAUAAAUAAAAAAAAUGAAGAACUAUCUUUAGGUGCAAUAAAUGGACUUCUAAUGCUCUAUUAUGAAAUGUCAAAAGAAAAUAAAUUAAUAGACGAAGGAAAAACAUUUAUACUUAAAACAUAUAGAGACUUAUACAAAAAGUAUAAAGUUCUAGAUUAUACAACAAGUGAGAAGCUUUUACAUGCACUAUGUUGUAUAGGAGAGUGGGAAAAGGCUUUGAAAGUUUUAGAUGAAAUAAAUUUAAGUAGUGUUCCAUCACAUUCUGCUUACAGUACAGUGAUCGCUACGCUUUUAAAGUUGAACAAAAAGAAAAAAUCUAUGGAAAUCAUAGAAAAAAGUAUACUUGCAAGAAGACCUCUACAGGAUGACGCUUAUGAUGCAUGGAUUGAUUACAUAUUAAGAAAGUACAAAGAUAAGAAAAUUAUAGAAAAAUAUGCAGAUGAGAUAUGUUUGCAUAUUAUAAACACGUACUCAACUAUUUCUGAAAUCACAGCUAAUAAGAUUAAAGACUUGUAUAGUUCUUUAGGAUGGAAAGCAAAUUACACAAAAAUUACCAAAUAUAAUGGUCGAUGUCAGAGCUGCAGUAAAACUUUAGACUGUUUAAAAUUGUCAGAUGAAGAAUUCAAAACACUUCAAAGCAACAUCAAAGACAAACUGAUUAUAGGUUCAGAUUUAUUCCUGAAAACGUCACCACAGGAGUUGGAAAAGUUCCUGAAUUUUAUAGAGAAAACUGGACCAUAUGAUAUAAUUUUGGAUGCUCUAAAUGUCUCAUAUUCUAUUGGAAUGCAUUCUCAAGCGACAGGGGCAAAGGCUUUACAUAUUGUAGUAGAAUAUUUCUUAAACCAAAAUAAAAAAGUAUUAAUAUUAGGUAGGAAGCACAUUUUGACUUGGAAAAAGAAUUUAAUAGGAGACAUGCUAUCAAAAACAAGCAGUUUCUUUACAGAUAACUUAUCACAAGAUGAUCCGUAUAUCAUAACUGCUGCCAUAUUCAGUGGUUCUCAUACAGAUAUAGUGUCAAAGGACCUGUUACGAGGACACAUAUUUAAAUUGCAAGAUGAGUAUUUGAGGAUAUUGUUCAAGAGGUGGCAAUGGCAACAUCAGUGGAUGUUGUUUAAAACGAAUAACAAACAUGGUUUAAGAAUACAGCCGCCACUAGUAUUCACACCGUGCCCGCAAAAGAACAAUAACAGUUGGCAUCUUCCUUAUAAAGGCGAAGAUGAAGAGUUGGGACUAAAUAUUGUUAAUGAUGGGACACCAAAUCUAAAUAACUGGUUGUGUUUAACACCAAAUUGACGAUGGGACUAAAUAUUGUUAAUGAUGGGACACCAAAUCUAAAUAACUGGUUGUGUUUAACUCCAAAUUGGCGACGAAUUAAAAAGUUGAU